AUGUUCCCUGACAACUGGGCUACUCUUCCGCUCAGUUUUGGUCUUAUUAUGUCCCCUUGGGGAGCACACUCGUGCUUCCCGUGUAUCUAUCGUGACAUGCGGCAUCCUCAUAAGUACGGCAAGAGCCUUUGGGCGACAUAUAUAUUCACAUAUUCAUUGGAUUGCGCAAUGGCUAUCGUGGGAUGGUUGAUGUUCGGCGAUGGUGUCUUAGAUGAAAUCACAGCCAACGUGCUGCUGACGACUGAAUAUCCCCAGGCCCUGUCUAUCUGUGUGAUAGUAUUGAUUGCAAUCAUUCCGAUCACCAAAGUGCCCUUAAACUGCCGGCCUCUAGUCGCCACUGUUGAAGUUCUUUGUGGACCCGAACCGCGCCACAACACGAUGUCUGAUCAUCAUGAAGGGCUGACAGAAACCCUUCGCCGAUCACUCCAAGCCACCAUACGCAUCUUUGUGGUGGUUGUAAUUGUUGUGAUGGCUAUCGUAUUCCCAUCCUUCGACAAAAUCAUGGCCUUGAUGGGGUCCGCGUUAUGUUUCACAAUUUGCAUCAUACUGCCUCUCGCAUUCUACCUGAAAAUUUUUGGUAAGGAGAUCGGGAUGGGCGAACGCAUACUGGACUGGUUUCUCCUUGUCACGUCAUCCGUCAUGGCGAUCAUUGGAACUGCGUGGGCUGUUUUGCCACAAGGCAUGAUUUUUGCAAAUUGA